UGCUAACGUAAACACAGCACAGACAUACAUAUGGAGUCCCUUGUGUAGCUCUGUAUAGCUUUGGUUACUGAAAGCACAGACCGGAGCGGUUUCAGUCACAUGGUGCUGCCUAACCGAGAGCUGAUGGAGCCAGAUGAGAAAGGCAGGAGGCGAGCCCCGCCGGUUGCGCGUCAGCAUCCCCUCAAAUAGGAAUCCGCUGCUGUCACUUCUGCUCUACAUACUGAGAGACGGACGACCCGUAACCCUGAAACAACAAUCCAAAGGCGAAUUUCACUUGGCAUGCAGCUGCUUUUGCAUGUGAUGCCAAAGAAGAAGAGUCAGAGGAGGCUGUGAGGAGGCUGCAGCUUUGCAAAGAAUGAUAGUGAGGAUCAAGGCGCGCUGUCCCAGGAGAACUCAUCUGAAGAGCUGGCCGCGAGAGACCGGGAUGCUCCUCUAACGCACCGGGGGGCGAGUUUUCCUGAGCAGACGGUCUGUGUGGCAGAGUUUGAGCUCUUGUGGAAGUGAGUGAGUAAGCAAGAAGGAGUGGGUGUCAUGGAUGACAAUGAGGUCGCAAAUCCCGCGGAAUCUACCUACCAAAACUUGCUGCUCCUGGGAGCCAUCGCAGCGGCGUCCGCCUUCGUGGUCACCAUCCUUAUUGUCCUCGUCUGCGUUGGCUGCCAAAGAAAAAGCAAGAGCAAGCACCCCCCAGCCGGAGAGAAAGGGACAUCUGUAAAUAUGGGCACCCUUCGACACCCGAAACUGAACUCCAUGAGCAAAUCUGACACCAGGCUGCACGAGAUCAAUCGCUUUCCCUGCAAUGGAAACUCUGUUAGUAAGAGCCGUCCAGCCAGCAUGGACCUCCUGCUCCUCCACAGUCGGCGCUCCCAGACAGACCUGAGGCCCUCCCAUGGGCGCCAGCUACCCCAGAUCCCCACCAGUCCCCAGGGAUCCAGCCCAGGGGGAGGAGGGGAAACAGGAGGAGAUGGGGGAGGCGGAGGUGUUGGUGGUGGAGGUGGAGGAGGAGGAGGGGGAGGAGGAGGAGGAGGGGAGGCCAGAGACCACACCUAUACCGAGGUGGGCAUACGGAAUAACCCCACCCCCAUCCAAUGCCUGGACGAUGGCCUGUAUGAAAGCGUUGGCGUGCGGGAAGGUGACUCGGGCCCGAAGGUGCCCUCCGCCCCGCCGCCCACGUCCAACAACACGCCAGCUACAGUCAGAGCUGCACAAAGUCCUCCAGCUCAGGCCAACGGAGCACGCAAUGGGAACGGGCACAUGAAUGGUGGCAGAGGGAACGGCAGAGGGAACGGCACCAUUAACGGGCCGAUAGCAGGAAGAGGAAACGGGGCGAGUGUGGUCAACAGGUCCCCUCUGUCUUCUGUCAACUCCUUGGCCAUCCAAGAUCCAACCGCAGCAGAGUAUGCUUCCAUACGGAAGUUCAAAAAGGUCGACAAGACAAACAGGAAGGAAAAUAACGGGGCCGACAGCCAAUCAGACAGCCAGUCGAGUGUGAGUGAUUCACCCUCUACAGCUCCUCCUCCACUACAUCGCAGUCAGGAGUUUCCACGCAAAGGACUGGAGCCCUUUCACCUGCACUCCUUCCCAAAGGAGGCAGUGUUUAUGGGCAAUGGAGAGCAGUACAUAUGGAAGCCUCCAGAGGAAGAUGACAUCAUCACCUUGCACCCACCGCCACUCCGCGCUGAGAGCGUACAGGGGCACCCCUCGCCCCCAACCGCAAAGGAGAUUGCAGACACCUACUCCAUCGUGUGUAAAAACCAAAAGAAGAAACCCAUGGAAAACAACGGAUCAAAGACCCUCCCACGCUCCUUCGGUGGAGGCUCCCGGGGCCGUGGCCGAGGAGUUCAGGCGCAGGCCCGUUCCCAGGAGGAGCCCGGCUACGAGCCGGUAGGAGACAGGUCCUGGUCCACAUGUGCGAUGGCCGAGUCCGACCCUGCGUACGCCACUAUCGACAGCCACUGGAAACGGGAGCAGGCGGGAACCAAUAACAGCCCAGCUGGAGGUUCUGCCACUCUGAAGAGGAAGAAGCAGCCGCCGCUGCCGCCGCCGCAGCAGCAGCAGGCAGCACCAGCGGCACCUCAGGGUUCAGGACCCCCGGCCCCGCCUGCUAGAGGCCUGCCCGGUGGGGAAAACUUCUAUGAGACCAUCAGCGAUGUGAAACAAGGGGCCAACAGCUCAAGCACCACCACAAUCUUCACCUUCAACGACGGGAUGGAGAUGUACGUCACCGGCCUGUAGCUGGCUGACAGGCAGAAAGGGCCCAGAACCAACUGGUACAGAGUCAUUAAAGGGACCCUCAACAGGUUGCUGUACAUACAUACAAGGCCCUCUAUAGACACACAACAUGAGGAUCCAUUUUGUGGUGACAUCAGGUACAAACAGGGUCUUAAUCCAGGUUCAGACUUCCCUUGAUUGGUCUGUACUUUCAGAACCAGCCUAAGCCUAGUCCAGCCCAAAUAUGGACCAAAUACGUUUUAACAACAAAAAAAGAAAAGAAAACUGGAAUAUACUGUACAUCUUCAACCUACUGUGUCACUGACCAUACUCACUUGUUUGU